GCGGGAAGUCGUGCGGUGCGGUCGAGCGAGGGAGAGAGGCGGGGACUUGGCGGAGUGGCUAGGGAGUGUUUGCACGUGGGUCCCGCCGACGAUGGGGGGCGCGGUAGUGCUAGUGCUGGUGUUGUGUGGCGGCGGCAUCGCCCGGGCGCAGCUGGUAGAGGAGGAUCACCACGAAGGGACCAUCAGGACUAGGUGCUACGACGACCAGGGCAAGCCGCAGCGCUGCAUCCCGACCUUCGAGAACGCCGCCUUCAGCGUGGCGGUGGAGGCGACCAACACGUGCGGCGAGGCCGGGCCCACGGUCUACUGCGUGCAGACGGGCACCGCCGUCACCGAGAAGUCGUGCGACGUGUGCCGGCCCGGCGACCACCCCGCCUACUACCUCACCGACUUCAACAACAACGAGAACCAGACAUGGUGGCAGUCGGAGACCAUGUACGAGGGCGUGCAGUACCCCAGCCAGGUCAACCUGACCAUGCGCCUUGGAAAGUCGUUCGACAUCACCUACAUCCGUCUGUGGUUCUACUCUCCUCGACCAGAGAGCUUCGCCAUCUACAAACGGACGGUAGAGGACGGGCCAUGGAUUCCUUAUCAGUUCUACAGCGCGACGUGCCGCGACACGUACGGCCUGCCCGACUCCAGCUCGACGCGCAAGGGCCCCGAGGAGACGCGCGCGCUGUGCACGGCCGAGUACUCCGACAUCUCGCCCUUGACGGGCGGCAACGUGGCCUUCUCCACCCUCGAGGGCCGGCCCUCCGCCUACAACUUCGACAGCAGCCCGGAGCUGCAGGAGUGGGUGACGGCCACCGACCUGCGCAUCACUCUGGACCGCCUCAACACGUUCGGCGACGAGGUGUUCCUGGACCAGCAGGUGCUGCGCUCCUACUUCUACGCCAUCUCCGACAUCGCCGUGGGUGCCAGGUGCAAGUGCAACGGCCACGCCAGCGAGUGCGUGUCGAGCGCCGGGCUGGACGGCGCCUCGCGGCGAGUGUGUCGCUGCGAGCACAACACGGCGGGCCCCGACUGCGGCGAGUGCCUGCCUUUCUACAACGACGCCCCGUGGGCGCGGGCGUCCGCCCAGGACGCGCACGAGUGCCGCGCCUGCAACUGCAACGGCUUCUCGAACCGCUGCUUCUUCGACAAGGAUCUGCACGCGCGCUCGGGCCACGGCGGCCACUGCCUCGACUGCACGGGCAACAGGGACGGGCCCAGCUGCGAGCGCUGCCGCGAGAACUACUACGAGCGCGAGGACAGCUACUGCAUCGCCUGCGGCUGCGACGAGACAGGCUCGCGGAACCUGCAGUGCAACUCGGAGGGCCGCUGCCAGUGCAAGCCCGGGGUGACGGGCGACAAGUGCGACCGCUGCGAGCUCAACCACUACGACUUCGGCGCGCAGGGCUGCCGCCCCUGCGGUUGCGUGACGGCGGGCAGUCUGGGCAACGUGCCCAACUGCGACCCCUACUCGGGCGCCUGCCAGUGCAAGGAGAACGUGGAGGGCAAGCAGUGCGGCAGGUGCAAGCCCGGGUUCUUCAACCUGGACGAGGAGAACGUGUUCGGCUGCACGCCGUGCUUCUGCUUCGGGCACUCGUCCGUGUGCCAGCCGGCGCGCGACUACUCGCGGGUCGCCGUCGAGAGCAUGUUCGCGCGCAGCGGCGAGCGCUGGAAGGCCGUGGACUACCGCGGCAACCCGCUGCCCGUGCAGUACAACGCCAUCACGCAGACCCUGGGCGCGCGCUCGCUCGGCGACGAGAUCCUCUACUUCGUGGCGCCGGACAGGUUCCUCGGGGACCAGCGGAGCAGCUACAACCAGCAGCUCCAGUUCAAGCUGAGGAUUGGCGAGAGUGGUCCUGCGCCUACCGUUGAGGACGUGGUGCUGGAAGGUGCCAAGCAGUCCAUCACACAGGCCAUCUUCGGCCAGGCCAACCCCCUGCCGUCCACUGUGACCCAGGAGUACAGUUUCCGGCUCCAUGAACAUCCAGAUUACGGCUGGCAACCACGUCUCUCCUCGCGAGAUUUCAUCAGUGUGCUGUCAAAUCUAACUGCCAUCAAGAUACGUGCCACAUACACUCCUCAAGGGGUUGGCUUCCUGGAUGACGUGAAGCUGGAGACGGCGCGGCGGGGGGCGGCGGGCCAGCCGGCCACCUGGAUAGAGCGCUGCACCUGCCCCGAGGGCUACGUGGGCCAGUUCUGUGAGUCGUGCGCGCCGGGCUACCGCCACGAGCCGGCCAACGGUGGCUCCUUCGCCCCCUGCGUCCCCUGCAACUGCAACGGCCACGCCGACUACUGCGAGCCGGAGACCGGUCGGUGCAAGUGCCAGCACAACACGGCGGGCGACAACUGUGACCUGUGCGAGCGCGGCUACUACGGCAACGCCCUCCAAGGCACGGAGCACGACUGCAAGCCCUGCCCGUGCCCCAAUCGCGGCGCGUGCACACAGCUCUUCGACGAGACUGUCGUGUGCCUCGAGUGCCCCCGGGGAUACGGAGGACCACGUUGUGAUCUGUGCAGCGAUGGAUACUUUGGGGACCCGACUGGCAAAUUUGGCCCAGUGCAUGUGUGCCAACUUUGCGACUGUAACGAAAAUGUAGAUCUCAAUGCCGUGGGUAACUGCAAUCGCACCACCGGCGAGUGUCUCAAAUGCAUCCACAAUACAGCUGGAGCAGCAUGUGAUGUGUGCAGACCAGGUUUCUACGGUGACGCCCUGUCGCCGGUGAAGGGCGACUGCAAGCGGUGCCAGUGCUUCGGGCCGGGCACCCACAGUGGGGCGUCCGGCCCCCCGCUGUGCGACCAGGCGUCGGGGCAGUGCGAGUGCCGGCCCAACGUCAAAGGGAGGAACUGCGACCAGUGUGAGGACGGCUACUACAACAUCAUCAGCGGAGAGGGUUGCGAGCCAUGCAACUGUGACCCCGUCGGCUCUCUGAACCACACGUGCGACAUCCGUACGGGCCAGUGCCUGUGUCGUCCGGGCAUCACGGGCCUGCGGUGCGACGCCUGCGAGUCCUAUCACUACGGCUUCUCCCAGGACGGCUGUGAGAUGUGCGAGUGUGACCGCAUCGGCUCCAUGAGCUUGCAGUGCGACCCGCAGGGGCAGUGCCCGUGCCUGGAGAACGUGGAGGGGCGGCAGUGCGAGCGCUGCAAGGAGAACAAGUAUGACCGGCAGCGCGGGUGCGUGGACUGCCCGCCGUGCUACAACCUGGUGCGGGACGCAGCCGACGCCCACCGCGCCCGGCUGGGCGAACUGCGCGCCGUGCUGGAGAACAUCGCCAGCGACCCCACCGUCAGCAACGACACCAACUUUGAGCGCAAGCUGAGGGACGUGCAGGAGAAGGUGGAGGACCUGUGGACGCGGGCUCGGCUUGGCUCCGGAGGUGACGACAAGAGUUUCUUUGAACAGUUGGAGGAACUACACAUGCGUCUGGAUGGCGUCAGUGAACUGAUAUUGCAGGCGGAUUCUCUGAGCCGCGAGGCGGCCGAUGGCUCUGAGCAGGGGAAGGAGAGCAUUACCGAGGCGGAGGAGACCAAUGAGAGAUCUUUAGAGCUGCUGAAGAAGCAACUGGACUUCCUGCAGACGGAAGGCGCUGCCGUCUUGGAGAAGGCAAGGGAGCGCUCCGCUCAGUUCGGCCAGCAGAGCGAGCAGAUGUCGGAGACGGCCCGCGAGGCCCGCUACUUCGUGCAAGAGCAGGAGAGAGAAGCUGAAGAUAUCCGCAAAAAUGCAGAGAGAGCUGUGAACACAUCAGCUAAGGCUUAUGAUCUUGCUUCGGAAACCAUCAAGCAGCAGCAGAACAUCAGUGAUGAGCUCCGUAACUUGAAGAACAAGAUAGACUGGUCAGAGACGAACCUUGGUCGCACAAAGGACUUUGCUCAGGAGACGGCCGACAAAGUCAACGAAGUGUACAAAGAUGCAUUCAGCAUCUACCAGGACAUAUACGGACUGUCCGUGCCAGAAGUGAACACAGAGAAAAUGAAGGAGGAAGCUUCGAUCGUUACCCAGGAGGCGGAGAGGAUCUCGGAGGACGCGGACCGGCUGCUGGAGGAGCACGGGGACCUGCUGGCCGGCCUGGAGGAGCAGCUGGCCGUGUCGGGGGACCUGCUGGCCCGCGGGGAGGAGCAGCAGCAGGCCGUGGACGAGCUGCUGGCCGACGUGGACGCCGCCCGGGCCAAGGCGGAGGGCGCCGUGGAGCUGGGCUCCCGCACCCUGGCCGACGCCCAGCUCACCCUGGAUACCCUUCAAGAGUUCGACAAGCAGGUGCAAGACAGCAAAGGUGCGGCGAAUGAGGCGCUGAAGGACGUGCCGGAGAUCAAGCGCCUGAUAGCGGAAGCGGAGAACAAGACGAGGGUGGCGGAGGCUGCCUUGCAAGGCGCGGUGGCCAACGCUCAGUUCGCCCGUGACAAAGCACAGGAGGCGGAGCAGAAAUAUGCCGAGCAGGCAUCACAGGAGGCGGAGCUGAUCCACCAGGGCGCCCGCGACACCAAGGCAGAGGCCGAGAAGCUGCGGGACGAGGCCGGGGACCUGGCGGGGCGCGUCGCAGUCACCGGCAGCAAGGUCGAGGAGCUGGAGGGCCAGACCCUCCAGAACAAGGACCUCACCACGCGGGCGAAAGAAAAGGUGGACCAGGCCAAAAGCUCUGUAGAUGAGACCACACAGCAAGUCCAAAAGGCCAUGGAGGAAGUCGAAGCGAUAAUCAACGAAUUGAAGGAUCUUCCCAAAACAAAUAACAUGGAGGCCCUGGAUGACCUCGAGAGAAGGCUUAACGAAGCAGAGGAGGAACUCAGGAAAGCUAACCUGGACGAGAGGCUGCAGCAGCUAUCAGAGGCAAGAAUACAGCAGGCCCAGUGGAUGAAGAGCUACGAGGAGGAACUGGACAGGCUGCGGGCGGAGGUGGACAACAUCCAGGCCAUCCACGACUCGCUGCCCGACGGCUGCUGGAAGCGGGUGGUGCUGGAGCCGUAGCGAGGGGCCGCAGGGCUUGGGGCGACCGUGGCCAGGGUGACCAUCCAAAAAAGACUGCUGUGAUGCAACUCUUAGAAUAAAAACGACAACACUGCAUUCGACAUUUAAAAGGAGUCGCAACGGUAGGAAUUUUUUUUUUACGUGCGUGGAUAGUUUAACAAUGCAUUUUGAAGUUAUGGUUUGUGUGCGUGAUGAAAACGGGACACUGUGCACAUAAUUCUGUGUCACUUCUCUGUGGUUAAGUAAAAUGCUUAUUGUAUUUAUUAACUUUCUUUCUUCUUAAGUGUUAAAUUUUUUUUUUUUCUGCAGCUGUAAAAAUGUCCCUGUUGUUUGUAGCCAAUACCUUUUACAAACAAAAGGGAUAACUGGGCAAAUAAUAUGUAAAAAUGGUCUCAAGUCUUACAACAGCCAUAAACUUUAGUUCAAAGAAAACUAGGCUGUAAUUUUUCAAACAUAUUUUUACAAAUUGUGCAAACAUAACUGGGCAUGUAAAAAUUAAAAUUUAUUCUAAAACAUUACCUUAAAGUAAUGAUGUACCUGCAUUUAGUGUAUUCUAUCCUUUCUUGGACAUUUAUGAAUUUAUGAAGCUAAGCUGCAAAUUUAUUAUAUAAAGCGAAAAGCUGAGACCAUUUAAUAAUAAAACUACAGUGUAGAAAAUAAUUUUUUUUAAUGUUGCUGAACAGAAGCAAUGAGUUAUUUUGUAAUGUUAAAUAUGAUGCAAUAACAAUGUUACUUAAAUAGCAUUGCCUAAAAAAAUUACUUCACAUUUUUAAAAGGUAAACCUCACUAAUACAAACUAUAGGAACCAAAAAUGUUAUAUAUAUAUUAUGGAUGAAGUUUUACUAAACAAAAUAUUAUAUAUUUCGUUUCUGAACAAGUUAACCCUUUGUUGCCAUAAUUGUUCAGUCCAAAUACAGAAAACAUAUUCUUAUGCAAAUAUACUAGCAAAACGAUAACUGAUAACAAUAUAUCUGAGUGCAUUUCUACUUUGUUUAAUGGGACUGUGAAAUUAAUUUGUACAUAGACAAGUGUUUUUGUGGUUAUAGAAUUUAAUUUGUAUUAAUGAGGUUCAUUUGUUAAGCUCUGUUUAUAUUGAAAUUAACUCCUGAAUCACAGCAUUCUAGUGCUGUUACCUUUUAGUCUAGUAAAUUGUUAAAAGCCAAUUAUUUUGAUUGUAUACUAAAUUAAUCUGUAUUGAACAAUUAUUGUUUUCAUUUGUUAUAAAAUAGUUAAUUAUUGUUGUGCCUCAGAUAUCCAAUUUGUUACAUUGUCUUGAACAUGUGUGCCAAAGAAUGUGCUAUUGUAGACAUAUUAGUGCUAUAAAAUACUGAAGCAAUCAUUACUAACAACUAUUAACAGUAAGAGUACUUGAUGUCAAUUUACUGACAACUCUGUGUGUAUUAACAUUGAGGAUGAUUUUAAUAUGGUUUACAUUUGUAUUCAUGAACAGUUUUAUGCAAGCAAAUUGUUUAAAAUCCUAAAAUAAUACAUUUCAUUCAAUACAUCUCAGUGAUAUUUCAAUAGGUCAUUUUUUCAAUGAAACUAUCCUUGAAGAUUCAGUACUAAUGCUUAUUAAGUAUAAGGUAUUUUCAAUUAAUAUUUUUAAAUUAUGGCUCGUCCAACAUGCCAUGUUGAUUCAUUAAUUUUCUUGUCAUAUCUAUUAUCUAAGAGCUGUUUCUGUAAAUUUUAACCAGAUACCACCCUUACAUUUGUUGUUCUGUCACAAAUGUUUUCAACAGAUAUUCUCUAAGUGUAAUAUAAUGUAUGUGAAAACUUGCAAAAGUGUUGUUAAUUAUUAUCACUUGUUCAACUUGUUAUGCACAUUAGUGAAUAGCUGUUGAAAGUACAGUAAAACCUCGUAUUUACGUUCUCGUUAUUUACGUUUUCCCGCAAAUAACGUCAUUUUAUGUAGGUCCGUUUUAUUGUACAUUAACUUUCGUGUUGCAUUUUCCCUGAAAUUACACCGCUACAUAACCAAAAAACCCGGAAUGUACGUUUCAAAACACGGUAAAAAUGUAAAUACUCGUCACGUUAGUCAUAGAUGUGAAAGGUUUGAAGUAGUUCGCCUAUUGUCUGUAACCUUUCGUUUUGAUGUAUCGACAAGUUCUAUGGUGCCUCUCCUCUACUAACGUUUUAAUCUUUGCUGCCAUAGAGAACUUUCGUAGCAGAACCACAAACGGUUUUAUUUAUGGUGUCAUAGAGCACUCUCGUAGCAGAGCAUAGUCCGAAGCGCUGAGCUAUCGAUACUACCGGAAAGCGCUCAUACACAGUACGUAUAUUUAGUAGUGCUGCAUUAUGUACAGUACAUAUCUAUGAUGGCUUUCAUUGUUUACAUUAGUCAACGUCCGUUUUGGUUAGCACGUGUUUUUUUAUCGUUCACAAUAUUAUUUAUGGCAAGAUUUUGAUUGAAGAUGGAUAGGUAUAAAGUUCCACGAAAUACUUUAUCUAUUGAAGAUAAAAUUAAAAUUAUUGAGAAGUUUGACAAGCAUGUGGGUACCCGAGUGGUUUUGGCCAAGGAACUGAAUAUUCCUGUUAGUACUUUAAACACAAUAAUUAAAAAUAGGUGUUCUAUUGAAGCAAAUGCUGCCCAAUGCGUUGAAUUUAUACUAUACCUAUAAAACAGUACUAGAGAAAAUUUAAUGUAGGCUUUAUGUUGAAUUGUUUUUUAUAUUUAAGAAAAUUAUAUUUUUGCAGUGCCCUAAAUGUGUUGUAAACAACUAUUGUUUGUCUUGUAGCACCAGUAAAUGCUGAUACAUUUUUUUAAGCUAAAAUUUAGCAUUAACUGCCAAUAAAAGUGCUUUCCCACAAUUUACACUUUCCCGCAAUUUACACUUUUUCCUUGGGGUUCCCUGAAAAGUGCAAAUAAGGGGUUUUACUGUAAUUGUGACAGAACAACAAAUGCAAGGGAGGUAUCGUGUUAACAAAUACAGAAAUUGCCCUUAAAUAAUAUCUAGUAAUGACGAGAAAAUAAAACUGUCAACAUGGCAUGAACAACAGAGACUAAAACUGAAUGGAAGUUCAUACCCAAGUGUACAUAAGCGUCAGUGCUAGUACUUCAACAGGACUAAUGCAGCAUAAAUUGAAAAAAAAAAAAAAAAAAAACUUAAUUUUAACUAUGUACCUUAUUAUAUUGGUUAGUUUCAAAUGCUAAAAAAAAAAAAAAAGUCUAAUGCACCUGUAUUAAGGUUGCAACAUCACAUUCUGCAGUGUUUUAUGGGAUAGAAUGAUAUAAUUCCAUAGCAAAUAUGCUUGCAAUUACUGUUUUCCAACUUGCAAUAUUAGGUAUGAGUGAAAAACUAGAUAUUUUUAUACAAUUAUACAAACCAAAGAUGUGUAACUAUGUUAACUAUUAAAAUAUGCAUGAUGUAUGCCAUAAAUAUUUUACCAUCAGUGUCACAUUUAGUGUUAGGUAGGAUGAGAGGCAUGUAGGACCAAACAUUUUAAUAGACUUUCUAACCCUGCUGGAAUUGUAACACAGUUUUGUAAAAAAAAAAAAAAAAAAAAAAGAAAAGAAAAAGUGAUACUAGCAUGAUGACUAUAAGCUACAGCAUAAAAUGAAUUUACUUGUGAGUGAUUGAACGUGCAAAAUUCUAAGCACUGAGUGUACAGAGUUACUUGUUAAGUGUGUACUUCUUUUGGUAAGCUUGUGAUGUUCAUGUUUAUUAACUUUCUUUUUUAAGUGUUAAAUAAUAAAAUAUCUGCUGUGCCAAUAAUAAUACCACAAGUGCCUUCAGACACUUGUAAAAGACACGAUUAACUGUUGUUACAACAAUGGUUGUUGUGUUGUAAGUAAAGUGCUGAUUCACCCUUACAUAUUCACUUUUAAAAACCAGAAAGUGCAUGUAAUAUUAAUGCAAUUGAAAUUUUCCAGCGCAUAAGUGGCUGCUGCCAAACUUACGUAGAAAACUGCUAGGGACAAUGCAUUGCGUUACGAGCUACAACACAUUUUACACCAACACCUUAAGCUAAUAGAUUUAUGUUUGCAUUUGUCUACAUAAUAAAAAUAAAUCUUACAGUUUAUGUACAAACUGGUGGUACAGUGUGACAAACAUUGCAGUGCCGAUGCAGCGUCACCCUACGGGAAGAAAACUAGUGGUGUUUAGUCAGAUGACUUGAUAUGAAGUAGCUGGUGGUUGAGACAUGCAUUCCAAGUUGCCUGCCUGCUAGGCUAGAAGGGCUGUUAGGUCAACAAUUCUGGCAUCUUUGAUGAAGCAUCUCCAGACAGAAGUUUCUAGGCAUAAAAUUACAAAACUCAUCACCCUUGUUAAUUUAAAACAAUGGUUCAAAAACAACAGGCACAGCUAAAAGUCACAAAGACUAUCUAUGAAGUCAAAAAUUUAAAACCUAAACACACAAGCUUACCUGAAAAGAAAGUUGACAAUUUUAUUCACUGCCAGCCAUUUUAUUUUCACCCACUUGUUCUCGUACUGAAUCUCAGCAGAACACUUAGUGGUAUGAAAUGCAAAGGCAUUUAGAGUUGUAACAAAGUUGAUUAAAAAUAAAAUUAAUUCUUUUGGAA